AUGGAUAAAAUCGAAUAUCGAGCGGUGAUUAAGUUUUUCACAAAAGAAAGUAUAGCACCAAAAGAUAUCAAUGACCGCUUACGUGCUGUUUAUGGUGAACUUGCUCCAUCGUAUACGAGGGUCAAAGAAUGGGCAAAGCAAUUCAAGUGGGGCAGAGAAUCAUUGGAAGAUGAUCCACAUACAGGUCGGCCAGUUGAAGCAACUGCUCCAGAUGUGGUGGAGAAACUUGAUCAUCUCGUGCACGAAAAUUCUCGAAUGAGCAAGAAAGUGUUAGCAGCAAUGUUUGACAUCUCAACUGGCAGUGUAUUCAAUAUACUUCAUGAAAAAUUGCACAUGAGAAAGGUUUGCUCACGAUGGAUUCCAAGAACUUUGAACAGAGCUCAAAAAGAAGAACGAAUUACUGCUGCACAUAUGGCCCCCAGUGACUAUUUCCUGUUCCCAAACACCGAAAAAUAUCUGAAGGGGAAGCAAUAUGAGUCCGAAGAAGAGAUAUCGAACGAUUUUUUCAACGUAUGGGAGGACAGAGAUGCCAAGUGGUUUGAAGGAGGAAUUAAAGCAUUAAAGCAUCGUUAUGAAAGUGUCAUUCGUGUUCAUGGAGACUACUUUGAAUAA